AAGAGAGCCGAAUCCUCGCGAUCCCGGUGAGUCUUCGCCGAUCGUUUAAUCGGCGAGUGCCUGCAACGAGGAAGCGAAGUUUCCGCCGCUUCCUGGUCCUCGCGAUCGAGAAGCACCGCGAGAGCGUGACUUCGCCGAGGUGUUAUGUAUUGCCUGAGUGCGGCCUGCAGGUGCGGUGCUGGGGAUAAUGGCGGUGGAGAAAGAUGAGACUGGCAGUGGGGGUCCUCAGAGAGGGAAGAAGAGGAAAGGGACGGGGGCGAGAGAGGCACCGCCAUGUCAUGGGAGUCCAUCGCAUCCAGGGAGUACCUCAGCGGUUCGGUAAGCCAUCAGCUGUCGGCCACGGCGCUCCUCGGAAGUCCGGAUGGCUCGCGGCACCCUCUUGACGUGUACGAAUUUGCCGAGGAGGAUUAUCGUCAUCACAACGGAAGCGGCCGCGGUCACCAUCAAAAUGGAAGAAUCGGCCUCUGGGAAUGUCUCGUCGGAUGCAGGCAUCGGCUGGAUCAGCAAUUGGCCAGGCGACGAGUUGAACAAGGGUUGAAACUGUACAGAGCCCACAAACAACAGGCUGCUGUACGGAAGUGGAGCGGCGCUCUUAAGAACAUUCGACAACGCGACGACAAGUUCACUCUACUAGGAUAUUUGUAUCAGGCCUACAUGGACUGGGGUAAAUACAGAGAGAGUAUCGACUUCGCUCACAAACAGUUAUGCAUUUCUGAAGAACUUGACUCGCCCAACAUGAGGGCUGAAGCCUAUCUCAAUCUAGCCAGAGCUCACGAAAGGUUGGGAGCAUUGGACAGAGCUCUCGCCUACGCAAGACACAGUCUGUUACACGAAUGCGAUCAGUGUGCGACCGCUGGUCUGGUACAUCUGACCGUGGCCAGGGUCCAUUUGGAAUUGGCUGGAUUUUGCAAAGCUCUUGAGGCCUUCCAAAGAGCUCACAAAAUUGCUCAAUCUAUCCAAGACCCGUCGUUGGAGCUGCAGGUGUACGUGGGGCUUUCAGAACUUUUCAGCAGACUUCAAGACGCCGACAAGAGCGCUAGAUACGCGGCAAAGGCGUACGAUUUAUCACGGAGCUUACAGCUGGGAGAUUUGAAUUCUAGACAUCACAGAGCGGCCCUUUUGCAAAUGGCUGCUGCUCUGCGAAAGCAGGGAGAACUCGGCGACGCUCACGAUUAUUGCUCGGAAGCCACGAGACUCUCCGUCGUAUCCGGGGACCAGGCGAGCUACGCCCGCAGCAUACGGAUAAUGGGAGAUAUUUACAGAAAAAAGUCUGACAUAAACAAGGCCUUUCGACAGUACGAAAGCGCAAUGGGCUCUGCUGCCAGCACUGGCGAUCGUCUUUGCCAAAUGGAGGCGAUGGACGGGGCCGCAAGAUGCCUCGAAGCUCUCCGACUGCAGCAUAAAAUUUGCAAUUGUCGUCCCCUCGAGUUCAACACGAGGCUGUUGGAAGUGGCUGGCUCGGUUGGCGCGAAGCUACUCGUGAGAACGGUCAGGUCAAGACUGUCGCGAAUUUACGGUUCACUCGGUGACGAGGAGCAGAGAGGUCAUCACGAGCGGUUGGCCGCAGCUAUGGAAGAAGACCUGGAGCUACGAUGCGGAGGAUGCAGCGAGCCCUUCGGCCUGGAGGCGGAUUCUCUGGAGGCUUUGCCCUGCUCGCACAUCCUGCACGCGAGGUGCGCCUACGACAUACUGAAGAAGCGGGACAAGAAGAAGAAGAGACUCUGCCCGGACUGCCACAAAUCCGUCAGCUCUCGGCUCUACCUCCACUGCGAAGACCCCCAUGGACUGAACCACAGUUCGCUAAGUCUGGCCUCGCUCAGAGCCAGCAGUUUGGCCACUUUGGAAGAUUGUCACGCGACCAGCAGCGUCUGACCUGAUCACACCGGAUCCUCCCGACGCAGUUAACGAUUCGAUUGAAUUCAAUCGCCUCGACAAGAAAAACUGUUUUCUGAGAUUCGUCAGAGACUCACCUGCGUUUCUUUCCAGUUAAAAGGGACG